AUACAAACAAGGCUGAUUCGUUUGGUAGUGGCUAUGUUCUAGACGUGACCUUUGGCUGUUCAUAGUUUGGAUUUUUCUUGUAGUAGCAAGUUAGUCAUCGGUAUUUGUUGUAAAGAAUACUGUGAAAGUGUUUUCUGUCUCUUCAGAAUGAUAAUUGACGAUCCAGAGAGUUUUAAAUCAUGGCUCACAGCGAGGUUGGAGCCUCUUUGUGAUGCUGAUCCUGCAGCUCUCGCCAAGUAUGUCUAUGCUCUUGUGAAAAAAGAUAAACCUGUCGAAGAGCUGAGGACCAGUAUGAUUGGUCAGCUAGAAGUUUUUCUGCAAAAAGAAACACAAGGAUUUGUAAAUUUGUUGUUUCGGACUUUAGAAACUCAGAAGUAUGAUGCACCUGAGCCCACUCCCGUGCAAGUUCAGGCUUCUAUACCUGUUAAAAAUACUGCAAGUACAGAGUUUGAAUUAAGGGAUACAUAUUCUUCGACCAUUCCUCAUGAAGAUGUAGAAAAGAAGACCGCAAAGGAACCGAGUGCUGCAAUAUUGGUUAGUGCUCAAAACUCCUCUAGUUUAGGCUGUGCUAUAUUAGCAACAGCUACUGGGAGAAAAGAUUUUGACCGACAUGGUAGAAAAGCUGAUUCCGACAAAGAAGAUAGAAAUAGAAGGCGUAGACGAGGUUCAUCUGCAACCCCUGAAAGAAACCGUAGAUCACGUUCCAGGUCAUUUGAUAGACGUAGAUCAAGAUCACGUGAGAGGGAUCGUGCACGAGCUUGGAGAAAUAAAAGUCCACCUUCCAGGGGAAGAUAUGAUCGUGAUAGACGUCACACUCACUCUAAGUCACCUGUAAGGAGGUAUUCAAAAUCACGAUCUCCUGUUGGAAAUAGAAGAACUAGGUACAGGAAUAGAUCACCUCCACGUUCCAGAUCUAGGUCUCGAAGUCCAGUGUCCAUCAAAUACCCUUCAAUAGAACAAAGAGAUAGAAAAGAAGGUGUCGGUAUAUCUCCACGUGGCGAAAACUCUCAUGGUGACACUGACCUAAGACUUCCUCCAGUCUUGCCACAAAGUAUACAGAGUGUAGUCGCCUUGCCAUCUGAUCAAAGUACUGGGUUCCAGACUCGCCGAUGCAGGGAUUUUGAUGAAAAAGGUUAUUGUAUGCGAGGAGACUUGUGCCCAUAUGAUCAUGGAUCUGAUCCAGUUAUUCUUGAGGAUGUAGAUCCUCUCUACAAUGGCUCAGGAGCCCCUACACCAUUAAUGAUUCAAUCUGCACCACCACCACCACAACUAGCGCCACCACCUCCUUCUAUUACACAAGUUACCACUAAUAACAUGGCAGAAUAUAAUCCAGAUGCUCCAAGUAUGGAAUCAAGAAUGUGGACAAGACCUCAAUUUAGAGCAGGUCCAAUCGUCAGAGGAAGUGGGAUGGUAAGGAGUAGUAUGGGCCGAGGUUUCCCUCAUCAAAGAGAGCUUAUAAAUGUCGUAACUGGGUCACCACAUUUUAGACAUGUUCGACCAAGCUCAAACCAAGACUUUAACAAUAUUAACCAUUCAGCAGUUCGAACAAUAACAGCAGAUAAUCAAAAUUUUGAUUUUGCAAGACUGGGGCCGAACCGAACAUCAACCCGCCCUCCAUUUCCUCAGCACGGAGGGAACACAUCAUUACAGUUAAAGAAAGUACCUCUUGGUGUUAACACCAUCACUCUUUUGAACAAUCAUUUUUCAAAAUUUGGAAAAAUUGUUAAUAUUCAGGUCGGUUUUGAAGGAGAUCCAGAAUCUGCUUUAAUCACCUUCUCAUCUCACACGGAAGCCAAUAUAGCCUAUAAGAGUACUGAGGCGGUAUUGAAUAAUAGAUUCAUUAGAGUUUUUUGGUACAAUCCAAGCAACAAUAAUGAGAACAAGCCGAAAAAUGCAACUACUCCGCCGGCUAUCAAACCUUCCGUACUAGAGCGUCUUGGGGCGCCACCUCCAAAAGUCCUCCAUAACAUUCAACCAUCCGCAGUUCAGCAUGAGGAGAAGGUUACAGUGGUGAAUAACAACAUAACGAAGACUUUGUAUAUACCAUCUGCAAUGAAAAAGGAUUCUGCUAAUCCUCCUGUUGUUAACAAUGUUAACAAAGAGCCACCUGGUGAAGAACUAAAAAAGAAAAUAGAAGAAGUGUCACAGGCCAAGAAAAAACAAGAAGAAGCACGAAAGGCUGGGAUCAAACUGAAUGCUGAUUUGAGAAAAAGAAAACAAGAAUUAUUAGAAAAGCAACUAAAUCAACAAAAAAUUUUGAUCCAGAGGGUUGAGGCUGAUAAUAUACCCUUACCACAAAAAAAUUCAUUGAUGGCCACCAUCAAAGUACUUCAAGAGAGCAUUGAAAGCAUCAGAAAGGAUUUAGAAUUCUCUGUGAAAGCCAAUUUAACAAAGGUUACUAAGAAAGGUUCUCUCACCAAAGAUCAGCAGGCCUUCUUCAGAAAAACAAAAGAAGAGAUACAAAGAGAACUUUUGGAUGCUGAGUUAGAUCUAUUAAAUAGUCAGCAUGAAGGCAAAGACACAACAGAGUUAAAGAAGAAGGUAGCUGAACUGAAGCAGAAAGCUUUGAACUUUGGAAUUCCAGCAGUUCCUCCAGUCCGUGGAGCUUACAGAGGAAGGGGUGGACUGGCUGCAAGGGCUAGGGGACGUGGUAGAGGCCGAGGUUCAAGAUUUCUUGUCACUUCUUCAUCUACAUCUUUUGAACACAGUGUUGUUGAUCAUCGCCCAACAAAGAUUCUUAUAUCUGGUCAUGAACAAGAUGACAAGGCAGAUGUCCUGAAACACUUUGAGGAGUUUGGUGAAAUUUUGGAUUAUUUAUCAGAUGAUGCCACACCAUCAUUAGUUAUUAACUACAAAUCAAGAAAAGAUGCUGAAAAAGCAAUUUUAAAAGGAAGAAAUUUUCGUGAUAGAUUACUCUCCGUUACUUGGGCUACUCCAAAUAACAGCAUAAGAGGAGGAAUUCCUUCAAAACCUCCCACACCAAGCCAUAGGCAAGUGAUGGUACUUGAGGAUGAAGAAAAUAUAGAAGAGGUUAUUGAAGAUGCUGAAGAUGAAGAUGAAGAUAUUGGUAUCUUAUCCCCUGAUGUUUUAAUACACGAUGAUGAGGAUGAAGAUGAAGAAGAUAGAUCAUGGCGUCGAUAGUGGGUAUUCUAGUUUAUUAUAUAUGUAUGUACAAUGAAGUCUGACAAAAUAAUUUAGUGAAGAAUGAACAAGUUUUAAUUUUGUUUUUAUGUAACAACGCAAAACCUGCUAUGCAGUUAAAAAAAAAAAAAAAAUAGUCAUUGUAUAAUAUUUUUUGUAUAUAUUUGUAGAUAGUUGAUAAUAUUUGAUUUGAAACUGAACAAAUAUUUUUAUUUUUAAUAAUAAGAUUACCCAAGUCUAAAAAUUUGAUUUUUGAAAAUUGGAUUAAGGGUAGAAAAAUUUAUGCUGUGAAUUAUUAAUUAUUUAUAUAUAUAUACUGAAAUUUUGAGUAGUGCUCGUUGUAUAUAUCAUAUAUGUAAAUAUAUAUGUAUAUUUUGAGUCUGUGAAUAUUUAAGUACUUAAAAUUAUGUACUUGUACAUAACUAGAAAUAUUUUUAAAAUUUUAUAAAGUUACACUACCUACCUGACAAUUAAAACUGAUGUGUUGGACUUGAAAGAUAUAUUUUAAUAUUACUACUUAACUGAGAAAUAUUUCUCUCUUAUUUUCAGUGUAUGUGUUUUGUAAUUCUAAGAAAGUAUAAAAAAAAUUUUUUGUGUGGAAUGUAUUUUUGAGCAAUCAAAUUUUUUCUUUAUUGUUGUUUUAAUUUAUAACUAAGUCUGUUUGAUUAUUUUUUUUUUUUUAUAUAUUGAAUGAUAAUAGUAAGUUUGUUUUCAUACGGCAUGAUAAAUAACUGAGUCGGACCUGACAUUAAUUUAAACUGCACACAAAGCAUGUAUUCCUUUUAUGUGAUUAUAUUAUCAAAAUCAUGUUCUAUCUUUCCUGCAGUUGGACCCCUCAAAGCAAUCAGAUGUUGGUUUGACACUAAAUUUAUUGUACCGUGUGAAAACUCCGUAAGAGUAAUCAUGAACUUUUGAAAAAUAAUAAUUUAUUUAAAUAAAAGCUGGUGAAAAAAACUAAUAAUAUAUUUUUUUAAAUUACCCAUGUUAAAAUAAAAAACUUUCUAUUG